AUGUUAUUAAGCAAACAGACACGCGACUCGUCAGCUACCUACCUGCACAUGCACGCCUCUCACCAUGCCGACCUCCUCGAAUUAUUCACAAACCUGGCCUCGUCUCAACUCGCGCCCGAAAACAUCUACGUCCCACCCCACCUCCAGCCUGUGAACCCUGAGGACGAAGACGACGUGGUGCCAGACCAGCACGCAGCCUUUGGCAUCCAGCGCGCGACUCAAGCCAGGAAAGAGCCUACUUGGCGCGAUCUGGGACUUGAAGAGCUUCUAAGGCGCGGGCCGAGAGUUGCCGAAGGGCAGGUUGUUGGUGGCGAUCGAGGCACGGUAGAGAAGAGAGAAGAAGAGCCGGUCAUCACAGCAUUGAGGAGACAGCCUGGGCCACAGAGCGGUGUUAUGAGAUCUGGAGGUGCUUCCAGGGACGUGCAGGGCGGCGGGAGUGCCGCUGGCAAUGGGCUCCCAAGAUGA